AUGGCGCGUUCCGCCCCCUCUUCAGAUCUGUCAGCACGGGAAGCGCCUGCAACCGGCGACUGCGAAUUGCCUGUCGACGCGAGCUCGUCCACCGGACGUGACGAUGGCUCGCCACGUGUGCGUCCCUGGGAAGGCACUCCUGGGCCGGCUGAUUCGCCGCAGCCCGAGAAAGGAGCGGAGAAAGUGGAGGUCGUGCAGCCACGAGAAGGGCUGCGGCGUCGCAAGAAGCUGAGGAAAGUCCUGGACAGCGAAAGCGGUGCGGAUGACGCCCGCGAUGCAACCGACACAAGUGCCACGUCGUCCGAGGAAGUCGCUUCUGACUGCUAUGGAUCUCCGCUAGCCCAAGCGGUCCCCGAAGACUCUCUCGCCAUGCAGUCUGGAGCGCCCUCACAGAGUGCGCUGGGCCGUUGCCUUGCUGCUCUCCCAACUGCCUCGCUUUCCUCGGAAGGGGUUUUACCUGCUCGAUGGCCCAGACCUGUCCAGUCGCUCGGGGACGCAAGCGGACUGCAGAGAGCGGAUGGGCAGUCAGCAGGCAUCGGAAACGCCUGCGCAGGUGCGAGUCUCUCUGCGGGAGUCGUGCCGAGUGCGCCGCGAAGCGUGGGUACGCGACGAAGCGCUCUUUCUUCGGGGACCGUUGGAGGCCUCGGGCCUCUCGGGCCGUCCUCGGUAGUGCCGAGCUUGUGGCGAGGCUUGCCAUCAGAGGGAGGCGCCAGCGCCCGGGGCAGAGCCUCUGUUCGCUUCACUCCCAACCUAAAUCGCGUGCUCGCCUCUCCUGAACCCUCCGCUCGCCUUUCGCAAGAGAAGGCGUCCGACUCGGGGAAAAAGGACACGAAACGCUCUGCCGGUCCUGGGGACAGCAGUCACCGCCUGGUUCCGGGAGACGGCUUCGCGUGGACAGGAAUGAUCUUGAGCAGCCAGAAACAUCAGGAAGCGGUCGCGCUCCGCGAAAAGAAGAAUGCAGCUGGCCAGGGAAGUGCGUCGAGGCCUGCCCUAGGCGAGCAAACCUGCAAGAUCAGACCCGACGCCCCGGCGAAAGAUGCUCGCGGACAGCGCCCUGGCUCCGCUCGAGACGGGAAAGGCCUGUGGGCAGAAAGCGCGUCGAGCUCGGGGCGCGUGGCGGCCGGAGUGUCCCUUUCAGCCCCUACGAAGAACGACGUGGGUCGGGAAAGGCUCGCAGGCGCACAGGGCCCGCCCGAUUCGGGGGGAGACAGUCCCCGUGCCGUCUCCCGGCCAGCUCUCAAGAGGGACGCACCACGCGACGGCAAAGGGACCCAUGACGACGGGAUCGUCGACGGCCGUAGGUGCUGGAAACGAGAAUUCGGAGAGGAGCUCGCCUGGGGGAUGCGCGCGUCUGCGACCGACGGCUCGUAUCUUCCCAUGUCUCUGCCUUUCAACCAGAAGUCGUUUCCUCGCCGGUCGGCUGCGGCGGCGCUGAUGGCGGCAGACGCAUCUGGGCACUUCCUCGGUGAACCCGGUGACUCUGCGUGCGCCGAAUCUCCGGGAUUCGCCUCGUUUAUGCUCCUCCAGUUGCCCCGUGUCCUUCCCCCUCUGGACAAAGACGCGAUGCGCAGGCAGCAGGUGCGCGACCGCACGCCCCAGACGCAGGCUCUGGGACCCGUCCCUGGGGUGGCGUCCGGGGCCGGAGAGAAGGCCGGAACCGCUCCCGCGCCCCGAGCCGCAGCGUUUGCCGACGAUCCAGUGACACUCAGCGAACUUCCAGAGGGUGCAAUCGGUCGGUUGCUGGUGCACAACAGCGGCCGCGUGGUCUGGUGUCUGGGCGGGCCACCAGAGCCGGCGGAGGAGACGAAGAAACGGCGAAGAAGACAGCGGCGGGACUUCCCGACGUGUCCGUGGGAAGCGCAAGUGUGUGCAGAGGAGAAAGCGGGGAAGGGGGAAGCAAAGGGGAAGGGGAGCUCCAGCGUAGAGCGCAGAAAGAAAGAAAAGCAAACGGAAACCCGACGCACCAACGGGCACGCGAUGCUAUCUGGAGCCGGACUUGAGGGGACAGGCGCGUCGAAGCAGGGCGUUGCCGCCUCCGACACAGAGGGAAGACGUGCGAGGCUGCGCCGAGGCAGCGUCAGCGACAACAGUGAUAACUCUGAGGGAGGACCGGAGGAAGGACUGCCAGGGAGCGCCGAGGCCCCAAUCGUCGGCCCAGGGAAACCCGAAGGCAAGGGCGGGAGACGCGUGCGUCGGAUUGAGAGUAGCGACGAAGAAGAUUGCAAAGCGGAGAAAGAGCGAACGGCGGCGGGGAGCGCGGCGAGAGGACGACGCGAAUCUUCAGGAGGGAAGGUGGACGCGCGACAAGUGAAGAAGGAAUUUGGAGAGGCAAACGCGAUUCUGUCGGCAGAUGGAGCACCGGGAUCAGACGCAGCAGCGCCGGGGGAAGUUGACAGCGAAACCACCAAAUCUUCCAGCCUGCCAGCCUGUGCAGGCGUGCGGCGUGGAGACGAUCGGCGGACGAGGGCCCGCAACGGAUCGCCUGCUGAGGCACGCGGCAGCUACUAUUUCAAGAUCGAUGUUGGCUGCGACUGCAUUUUCAAGCAAGAGUGCGCCGUCAUGUUGAAAGACACCAGAGAGUUCGUGUUUCUCGUUGCCCCCAACGGUUCGUCGUCGCGCCGCACGUGGAGAAACUGUUUCUCUCGUCCUCGGCCGACGACUCUCGGCGUGCGAAUAGCAGCCAAGUCGCGGCGCCGUAGUCUGUGA